CUAUUAUGAUUGGGAACUUUGGAAUAAAUGUGGUGAGGGAAAGCAGCAUCUCUUUUGUCUUCCAUUCUAUUGUAGCUUCUUCUUUGCUAAAAGGCGCGGCGCCUCUUUUCCGUUUAUUUUAUUUCUUAAUUCUACUACUAGUCCUCUCUUCCGAAGAGGGGAUUCAGGAGUGAUCAAGCAUGGGUGGUUCUGUGAAGGAUCUGAAGGCAAAGGAGGAGCUUGAUGAUGUGCUCCGCCAAGGGUCACCAGUUAUUCUCCAUUUUUGGGCGUCGUGGUGCGAAGCGUCCAAGCACAUGGAUCAAGUCUUUUCCCAUCUCGCCACCGAUUUUCCCAAUUCUCAUUUCUUCAGGGUUGAAGCUGAAGAACAACCAGAACUCUCCGAGGCCUAUUCCGUUUCUGCAGUUCCUUACUUUGCCUUCUUCAAGGUCAGUUUUGCAAUGCUUGUUUUUGAAGAUAUAUUCACCCCCCUCUUACUAUAAUAUGUUGCUUUCUCA